GUGUCCAGAAAAAGAUAAAUGGAAAUAUAUGAAGGGCCGAGAAAGCUACAGAAAGUUAAGAAAAACCCUCUCUUUCUCUCUCUCUGAUUAUCGAGGAGUGUGUGAGAUCUGCAAAAACAAUAAGAGUGGAAGGGAGGAGAGAAAGGAAAAGAAAGCGCGAGAAACUGAGAGAAAAUCAGUUGAGGAUGAGGAUCCGGGGGAAUGCGAGGAUCGCAGAUAUCAUGGACCUGGACGGUAUAGCUCCUGCAUACCCACCUGAGAUGCUCCAGACACACGUGUGCCAGCUGAACCAGUCGCCGUGGGAUGUGGUGACCUUCCCAGCCGAUUCCACCUUCACAUUUCCGCCGGAAAAUCGGUUCGAUGGAGAUGAUAGCUUUACUGCGAAUGGGAGCAUUGGCGAUUCUAUUGGAGCUGUUGAGAGUCGCAGCCUCGUUCCAGUGGUCGAAGAUGACGACGCAACCAACCCCAACGACCGUAAUCCGCUGUCACCCGAUACGAGAGUCGUCGAAGAAGACAAGCCAGCUGCGAAGACGAAACCAGACGAAAUUGCUUCCACCAAAAACAAAACCAUACUAUUCUGCAACAAAAGCGACGGAAAAGGUUGGCAAUGCCGAAAAGCCGCCAAAGAAGGCCACGCUUUAUGCGAGCACCACCUCGCUCAGCUGAGGUCAUACAAUAGCUCCAAUCAAUCCUCCUCCCGAAAGCUCGACAAGCCCGCCGACAGACCCUCCGUCCGCCGCCGUGGCCGCGGCCUCAAGAAGCCGCCCUCCAACCCCAACGAAUACUACUACUACUCCGGCUUCGGCCCGCUCUGGGGGAAGAAGCGAGGCGGCAGCAAGCCCGAAUCCAAUCGAAACGAGCUCAAAACCGAAUCCCCGCCAUCCUACUCCUCCCAAAUCGACUCUCCCGACGACCCAGAUCAAAAAAUUGAAGAAGAACACCACCAUGAUGACGACGAUGAAGACGACGACGAUAUGGUCGAUGAAGAAGAAAACGGCGAGAGCGCCAAGAAGAGGAACCGCAAGCCCGUCAAAGCUCGAUCAUUGAAGUCUCUAAUGUGAGAAAGAAUCGAAAAAUCUUAGGAUCGAUGUGAAGAGUUUGUUCGUAAUGUCGAAUGUGUGCUUUGUGUUUUUUGUUGUGAUUAUCGUAUGGAGAAUGUGUUACUGGUUUAGGGUUAAUUUUAUAGUUUGGUUUCACAGUUAGGUGGGUUUUACCGUGGGUGAUGUUAGUUUUCCUGGGACAGGUAGAGAGAGAGAGAGAGUCGGGUGUAAAUCAACUAGAGCAAAGAACUAUGCGUUAGUCAAUGUCAGUCUUUGCAAUGAAAGGGUGAUUUCGUAAUUUAA